AUGCCAUUUGCCUCCCAUUCGUUUGGCGAUGGUGUGUUGUCUCUACACUCGUAUUCUACAAACACUCUCGUCUCAUCUGUUGUCAAUUUUCCGCAAAAUUUUACAGCCUCAGCGCUUUUCUGGGAGUCGCGUUGUUUUGGAAAGCAUCCUUAUAUUACCCAUCCCAGGAAGGCAAUAAAACUUCAACUGCUUUUGGAAUUUCGAAAAUAUUUCUUUAAUGUUGGUUGUAUAGCGAGUUUUCCCCAACUUUGGGGCUUGAAGACAACAUAA